UUUUUUUUUUUUUUUUUUUUCCCAAAAAAUCGUAUUUUGAAGACAACCAAAAGUAGAACGUGUUCUGGGUGUGGCUGCAUGUAAUUUACCCAAUAGCCAAAGUGGGGGGGACCGCUGAAGGGGAAAGACAGAGCGUCUGCUGCUGAAGGGAGUGGAGACCGUGGGCUGCAGGAUGAAGACCUCUGGAGCCUGUAUACUGUUGUGUUUCAUAGCCCUCUCCUUGUCCCCAGCUGACUGGUUUCCAUGGGUGGUCAAUGGACAAGAAGUGGAAAGUGCAACUGGUGAACUUAGCACCGACUCUCUUAUCAGCACCUCUGCUGCAGCUGUCACGCCACCUGUUCUUCUUAGUCCUGUUCAGUCUGACAGCGAAACUACAACGGCUUCAUCAGAUUGUCGUGAAGAAAAGUUCCCUUGCACACGCCUGUACUCUGUUCACAAACCAGUAAAGCAGUGUAUCAGCUACCUCUGUGUUACAAGUGUGCGUCGCAUGUACAUAAUAAACAAAGAGGUGUGCUCUCGCAUUGUCUGCAAGGAGAAUGAGGUCAUGCAAGAUGAGAUCUGUCGCCAGCUGGCUGGCCUUCCUUCUCGACGUCUCCGCCGAUCUGGGCAACCCCUGCAUCUCCCUUGCAGACAACUCCUGGAGCAGCAGCGCAGGCCUGAUGCCCUGUGAGCUACCAACAGUAGGAGAGAAAAAGGAAGGGAGAGAAGAGAAAUCAUCAUCCACUACCUACAAGCCAAGACAAGUCCUCCUUGUUUGUAAUUUCCCCAUCAUUUCAUUGCUUCUCUGCCUUCCUCCACAUCCUCUUCUUCAGGUGCUGCACUACACAGAGUCCUCUCUCUGCUAGUCUGUCAUGGUGGCUCUUGUCAUCUUCUGAAUCUGUUGCUGAGGAUGUGCGAUGCUCCCCUCUUUUUUCUCAAACUCUGGCAGGCCAUGAACUGCUCAUUUCCCAGAGGUCCUUAUAAAUGUGCUGCAUCUGCUCUUGCUUUGCCCCUGCAGAGGGACAGACAUGGGGACAGGACGUAGUCCUCUCCAAUGGUACAGGUGCCCUAAGCUGCAUCACAUGUGGAGGAGUGCAAACCUUUUUAUGCCCUCGGACUCCUGGCGUAGUUUCUUGCAUGGCAUCACUUUGAGUUCAGAUAUGAUUUGUCAGCCUGAGCCUCUCCAGUCCUCCUGAGCCACUGAGUUUGCUGUGUCGUAGCACAGCCUCCUCCUGUGUCUGCUGGCCUCAGAGAAGUGACAACUGAGAGACAAGCUGUCCUCAACCCUAAGCAAACCUCACUGUCCCUGUAUGGCAGCAGAUCAUUUAUAACUACCUCUGGGAAGUUCUUUGUCUCAAGCCCAUUGCCUCCCUCGCACACAACUGCUACCGAAAGGAAGAAUUCUGGAUUUAGUAUGGCAUUAUAUUUUUCUCAAUAAGAUUAUGUUGGAACAGAGUGCUGCCUUUUCCUCUCCCUCCUCUCCUCUCCCCCUUUCUGUCCCUCCCUUCCCAUUGGAGAAAUCUCUUGAUGCCCAUUCCAGGCAAGUUCCAGGGAGCAGUAAGUAUGGCUGCCCCCACUCCUAAGCCUAAGAGAGCCUGCAAAAAACCUGCAUGUCCUCACAGUACUGGGAACUUGCAAUGAAUUAGCUUGUCCCGGUGACUAGUCUUGGUCUGGCUACCUCCACACUCGCCAGUCGCUGAGCCUGCUUUCGAUAUCUCCACUUGAGUUCCUACUUCCUGACCUGGGAGAUCCUCCACAAAGCAGAAGGGAGUCACAAAUUGGAAUGGAAUGUGAGAGAAAAAUCAUUAUCUGGGAUCCCUGGGUUUUCCUGCAGGUUCUCUGGCUGUACUGACCUGCACAGAGCCAGAUGCUGGUGGGGAGGUAAAGGUAUCUGCAGGUGUAAGCACUUACAUAGGCAGGCCAACCUGGGAAAAAGAUCUCCGGUAGCACUGCAUGUCUGUGGUCAGCUUGAGAACUUUGUUUUCCAGAUGUAUGGAGAACAUUUCCAGGUAUAUGGGCAGUUUUCACUCUGAGACUGGGUAGGGUAAGUGGGGGAGAGCUGUCUGAAGUAUAUUAAUUGCUCUGUGUGAUUCUUAGUGGCAUGAUUCUGUGGGGCAUCAGAGCUGUGCUGCUUGGCAUAUUGCAGCAGCAGAUCAGCAAGACCCUGUCACUCGGAUCCCUAAGUGUUGUUCCCAACUAACAGAAAGCCACAUUGAUAGAGCAGGCAUUCACCCUGUCACAUAAUAUACUCUGCGGCUGAACUGCGUGCCAUUUGGCCUUGCAGGAGCACUGCUCUGCUGCACAGAGCCAGGCUCACACAAUACAAAGAACAGUUUGCUGCACAGAGGCAGAUAGCUCCGAAAAAAAAGAGCAAAAACAAUUAAGGUAAGAGCCUCUCCCUGGGACUCAAAUUUCUGCUGUAUGCAGCAAAAAGCUGGUUACAUCUUCUGUGUAGGGGAAGACACCCUGUGCACACACAGGUUUGUUCCAUAUAAGGUCAAAAUUUGCCACAUAUGGGCUAAAUCUCUCUAUAUUAAUCCAGUAUACAAGAGAAAUAAUUCCAAGUUAUGCAGUGACUGGAAUUUCAUCCUGUACAUAGGGGCACUGCCCCCCUACACAGAGAUCCAUGCUCUUCUUGGCUGCUCGAGGCUCGUUAGUCUAGGGCUGGAGGAGGAAUUUCUCUGUACUGAGAGUGUGCACGUUUCUGUAGAGAGGAGGGCACUGAGAGCUUGAUCUCAAAGACAUUCAAGCCACUGGCAGCCACUGACUUCAAUGCUGGAGUGCCUGUGGAAUUUGCCUGUGUGGAGGAAGGUAUGAUGGAGAUGAGAGGUGAGAGGGAGCUCUUGGAAAUUGGACUAGGCCAAGUCUCCACUCUAUAUUUAGAGUUGAAUGUAAGCUGAUAUAGAUAUAGAUAUAUAACUGUAUAACAUAGCUACUGUACAGUAUAUAGAAAUUUAACAUUCAUAGAGUUUGGGGAAUGGUUAGAAGCCUUUCUGUUGCUUGCUUUCGGCAGGGACAGGAAGAGGUGCUCCUCCCCAGGAGAACACUGUUUUAAUGCUAGAGUCCAUAUAAUGCACACAAAAAUAUUAAAAGAAAAUUUAUUUCCUGUUAUUGUUGCCAAUUCUCCUGUGUUUGGGUUUAUUUGUCUCUAUCUGUAUUUCCUGCAGAUUUGUGGGCAGACUUGACUCCAGCCCAGAUCUGUCAUUUGGACCUCUUUACUCCCUGCUAACCCAGUCCUCUGCUACCACCCUUCCUUCACUCAUACAUCACAGGUCUUCCUGGGAUGUCAUUAUUUUUUCUGGAGAUACAGAAAAUUAUCUUCACCAUUUUUUUUCCAUGAAUAGCUGUACUAGAUUUUCCUGACUGUUGGUAGCUGCUGAGCACAGGGAUAACUCCUCCUAGCCCAUGAGAUUUGUGCUGACAACACAUCUUGUCACUGUGCAUGUGCCAUGACUUACUGGUGGAGAAUUGCCAUCUCCAAAUAAAAUGGUAAGAUGGCUGAAAUAAGAGAAGAGCUGUGAUAAAUCGUCUCAUAAGCAAAGAAGAAUUUGUUCACUAGAGCCAUUUAACUCAGUAAUGGGAAUAACUGAAAGACUACAUUAAAAAUUACACAUCUAGGUCAAAAGGAUUAAGAAAAUUCUCUUUUAUUGCAUUUCUGGCUUUUGCAUAGAUUCAUUAGGUACUGACUACAUGAUAUUUUGGUCAAAAAGAUGGAGCACUCGGACCAUGGGUGACUCUAGGCAGUGUCUUCAUGUGCAAGCAGUCAAGUCUGCGUUUAGAUGGUAUUUCUAGAACAAAAGUGGCUGUGGCCCAAAUUACCCAUUAAACUGCCUCUGACAGUGUCCCAUAGUUCUUCAGGACUAAACCACACAAUGCAGGUUAUUGCACAACACUAUUCCCUAGAGUCAGUGCUCCUUCCUGGCUAAUGCUGCGGUGUCCCUGUCUCAGACUGUUAUAAUGGAAACAGCUUCAGCCCGAGUGACUGUAGAUGUUGCCCCCAUCUCCACAGGCCUGAUGCUGGUCUGACUCAUGAGCUCUUGGCCUUUGCAGUUUCCCUCUAUUGGCACGUUCCACGGCUGUGUGAGCAGAGCACAAUAUAUGCCGUUGACUUUUUGUAAUUCGGUUUAUCCUUCCCUUUCCUUAUGGUACUGGAGUCCUCAGAGAGGCUUCCCCAUCUUCAUUAGCCCUUCUCCCAUACACAGAUUUCUCUCCCCUGCCAUUCCAGCCUGAAUUGUCAUGGUGCUGCAGUGCUGGUCUCUGGACGUCGCCUUCUCUUGUACGCUGGGGAAAUGGUUUUCAAUACAGCUCUAGCCAGGCCUGUUUCUCAUGAAGUUGGACUAACCACAAAGAAAGCUGCCAGAGUCCCAUUUUACAUGCAUGGUGUAGAGUUUGUGGCUGAUUUUCAUAAACUCUUCUGAACUGGAGUGGGGGUUAGAUGGCCUGCAGUCACUUCCCACACAAUGGUGGAUCUUGCGCUGUCAUGGCUCCUGAGUACUGAUCGGUGAUACCAGUUUGAUGGCUGCUGUUUCAAGUCCCCAGUUUGAAGUGGUGCCUCACUUCGCUGGACAUACGGAGAUGGAGCUCCCUGCAAAGGAAGCUGGUGACACUGAGAGCUUUCUGCUGCACCUGGAAAGCAAGGGUUGUUCCACCUCCCCAUCUCCUUCUCCUCUUUGUUUUCUGCCUCUGUUUUCCUCAUCUCUUUCUUCUCUGUUCAUAUGUUUAUCUCAGAGCAGGAAACCUGGUGAGGAGGACAGGGGCUGAAGGAAGGAUGCUCGAUGAGGUGACACACGGCAUUGCCAAGUAGGGCUGGGGGCAGCGCUUGGCCCGUACCAACUCUCCUUUUCUCUUGCCCUCCAGUUCUCACGCGCUGUGGCUCCCUCAGCCACCAAGCUCGGGAUUUUCUGAAGGGAAGGACAUGCCAAGUCAGAGCAGGGAGGGGAGAAUGGCACCUCAGGUCAACUUGUGCACUGUGGGAACAGCAACCGCAUGUCUUGAGGUGGUGGCCUCUGGUUGCAGAAACAAGGCGAGGAGGAAGGGGAGUGCUGCAGGAAAGUACGCGGAGGCUGUUGGAAGCAGCUGCCAUGUCACCUGGAAGUGCCAUGUUGCCUGGAUCUUGUCCAUAAGAACCUGCAGCAUGAACAAAAUAGGUUGUCAUCAGGCCUCUCAGCUUGGAGGGAUCCCUCAAGAGCAUACUGUUGGCUGGGGUGUGGUUUUGUCCUUCACAGAGGGGAGAGGUGCUUACAACCCAUCCAAAAAGAGCACCUCUAUUACAUAAAGAAUAGCUGGGUUGAAACCAAAAGGGAUUUUAGUUUUUUGGUUUGGUUUUUUUUGUUUGUUUGUUUGUUUGUUUUUAAUGUUAUUUGGUUGUUUUUU